AUGAUCGCCCAGCUCGCCCGCCGCACGUUUUCCUCGCGCUCCGCCAUCCGCGCACCCCCUGCGCCCAGCAGCGUUCCGCUCUCGAUGGCUCCCGGCCCCGCUCGCUCGUCCGCCACGACGGGCCGUGUGGCCAUGAUGCCCCGCGCUGCCGCCGAGAACCAGCAGCUGCCCGGCACCAGCAGCGGUGUCAGCACCUCGGCCGCGCCGGCCUCCAAGGCUGAGUCUCACGAGGACCUCUUCCAGGUCGGCAGGAUCUCUUCGCACCGCGACGCCUCGACCGUCUCGCGCCUCGGCGAGACAAUGUAG